AAGCAAAAGAGGGUUUUUGGGGAAUCUCAGUGUGGUGUUUAGGAAGAAUCGCAAUGUCGCGAUUUUUGUGUCUUCUCUUUGUGGCUUUUUUGGGCUUCUUCGCGGUAGUUUUAACUGCGGAAAAUUGUGCAGAAAAUUCAGAGAGAUGCAGAAAGAUCACUGAUGAAGAGGCAAUGCAUCCACGGCUUACGCGUCCUUUCAUUUCACGCUCUGUGAGUUAUCCGUGGGAACGAACUUCGGAGUAUUGGAAUGAUCUGGGGUAUCAGCAUGUGGUUAAUAAAGUCAAUCGCCGGUUCAAUAGGAACCGUGCAAGGAAUAUUGUCUUCUUUAUUGGAGAUGGGAUGAGUAUUCCAACGUAUUUUGCUGCAAGAAUGGCCUUAGGGGGUGAAGAGCAGGAGCUUUCGUGGGAAAAGUUCCCCUAUUCAGGACUCGCAAAGACCUACUGUGUGGACGCCCAGGUGGCUGACUCAGCCUGCACAGGAACAGCCUACUGGACAGGAGUCAAGACGAACUUCAUGACUCUGGGGGUGAAUGCAAAGGUCACAAUGAGCGACUGCACAGCCUCAAAUGACCCAUCCACCCACACAGAAUCCCUCGCAAAAUGGGCUCUCGAUGCGGGGAAAUCUGUGGGAAUUGUUACAACCACAACAGUCACACAUGCAUCCCCAGCAGCAGGAUAUGCUCACAUUUCUGAUCGAAUGUGGGAGGAUGACUUUGUUGUGCGUCGGAGUGGAUGUGAUCCCAACCAGGUGAUGGACAUUGCCCAACAGCUUGUCCAUGGGCCAGUUGGGAAGCAAAUCAGCGUGAUUCUGGGUGGUGGUCGAGGACACUUCCGGGACUCAAAAAUUCCCGAUGAAGAAGGCGGCUUUGGCUUCCGCAACGAUUCACGAGAUUUGAUCUAUGAAUGGCUCAAUGAUGGCAAACGCAACAAGAAGUACGUCUGGAAUCGCAAUGAUCUCCUAAAUCUACCCUCAAAUACCGAACACGUGAUGGGGCUGUUUGAAAGCUCCCACAUGCAAUUCUAUCUGGAGAGUCAGGAGCGUGGAAGUCAGAACACAGAGCCAACAUUGGAGGAAAUGACGCGAUCUGCAAUAAAUGUGCUGAAGAAGAAUAAAAAUGGAUUCUUCCUGUUUGUUGAGGGUGGAAAAAUAGAUCAUGGACAUCAUUUUACUCAGGCAAGAGCAGCGGUUUCGGAAACAAUUGAACUGCACAAGGCUGUUCAAGCUGCCAGGAAUAUGCUAAGUGAGGAUGAUACUCUGAUUGUUGUGUCUUCUGAUCAUGCCCACACGAUGUCCAUUGCAGGAUAUCCGACAAGAGGAAGAGACAUAUUUGGUACAGUUGACCGUACUAUUGAAGGAACAGGUAGCCUGUCAUCAAAUGCAAAAGAUGGUAUGCCCUACAUGACGCUAAACUAUGCAAAUGGGCCAAUUACGUCAACACAGUUCAAACAAGGAGAACGCGUUAAUCCAGCUACGUCAGACUACAGCAAAUGGUCAUCAAUGUUCCCCUUCUAUGUGCCAGGUGAUAUUGAAACGCACGCAGGUGACGACGUGUGUGUGUUCGCAUCAGGCCCACAUGCACACCUCUUCACGGGCACGAUGGAACAGAGCUACCUGCCACACUUGAUGGCAUACGCCGCCAGCAUGGGAAGAGGUCCCCGGAGUUAAGACAAAAACAACUUUAAUGAGCCGCAUGAGGCACUCAAAAGACACUGUAUGCUUAAUAAAUGACUCUGUUAUCAAUUAA